AUGGAAGGUUCACCAGCGGAGCCUCUCUCGACUCCCAGUGGAAAUGAAGCACGCGAGUCUGUCAUCAUAGAGGCAGCAGCCGCAACUCCACUGGAUCCUUUGGCCCCGGGCUCAAACGACCUUCAACCACCCUCCAUGGCCGCCGCCGCUGUGUCCAGUACAGGACCCAGUCCCGAGAGCCCUGCCACGAAGGACGACGCAGCGGCGGAGAGAGCCAAACAUCCCCUAGCCAUCAAUCGCUUGAAACUAGCGGAUCUCAUUCGAGCGGCCAAGCAGCUCCCCGGCCGGGGGAGCCAGUCGGGCAGGAGACUGCCCGACAGGCCGCUCGAGGAGGCCCGGAAGCUGGCUCAUCGACCUGCUAGCGAAGACUACUGGAAGCGUGGCGACGAGCUGCUCCCGCACCUAGCAAAGGAGACCGGACAGUCGCUAGUCAAGCAUUCAAGUUCGGCGCGUGGUCGUAGAGGUAGUAUCAAGGAUCCAAACUAUGGUCGUCUUUCGCCUCCAGGCGAUAUUGAAAUGGGCGACUGCAAGGAUGAACGCCAGGUUCCUCAUUCUGAUAGACUCCAAAGCAGCACUAGGGGGGGUUUCCAUCCCGAUCGUUUUGCUAUGGUGGCAGAAGCUUCCGGCCGAGAGCUGGAACCAAGUCCUCCACCGGUGCUUUCCAUGUCGGCGAAAGGGGCUAACACGGAGCCUCUCGGGCGUGUUCGUGGACAAAGGGGUCAUGAAGAUCCGUCACAGACACAUUCACACGAUGCCCUCAUAUCCAACAAAGUUUGCGUCAAACGCGAAAUCAGCCAGUCACCCCCUACUCAGGUUGGUGAACCACAGGUUGCCGCUAACGAGGUAUCCUUGCCAACAACCAAAUUAUCCCUUGAGUGUCAGAAGCGAGGCUUCAACCCUGCUUUCCUUGCGAGCAAGCACGAAAAUGGCACAUGGAGCUGCUCUGUUACCGUUCUGAACAAAACAGUUACAACAGAAUCAAUUUACGAAAACGAAUGGCUCGCAAAGCACGAGGCAGCGUUGAUGGGCCUCGAUAUAGCGCGAGGCCUGCCACCUGACAAAGUCAGCAGUGGUAAGAAGCCUAGAUACUACAUGCGUUCUGCAGCCGGGCAGCCUCUGGCAUCUCGAGGAGGGCCGCCUGGACCACACCAGGAACCGCUUCGGAAUCGAUCAUCCACCGCUGAGCCGGGGUACAGUCUGCGUUCUGCGGCAGAUGGGUCUGCACAGAACACCAGUUACAGCAAUUCCCGCUUUCCACAGCCUGCACUACCAACUCGAAUGUCUGAUCCUAUUGCUGGUGGUUCUCUGGGCCACAUCAGUUUUCAACCCCUCUCCUUGUCGGCUCCGAACCCUGUCGCUCUUCUACAACUGCAACACAGAGAGCAGCGCAUCCGGCAAAUCGAAAUGCGUAUCGGUGUUUCGAUACCGUGGGCCUUCAGAGAAGACGACUUGGCCGUGCAGGCUUUCGUAACAGGGCUUCACUUAGGAGAAGGGAAGAUACAUGCGGCUCAAGUACAGACCAUGGUGUCUAUGUCUGGUUCUAACACUUACCGGGAGCGGUCCCCGCUUCGCGGCACUGAUGUGCCCGAUGCCAGGGGACGCGCCAAUGUGUCGAGAUCUGGAGAGCCACCUCGUGCUCGCUCCCAAUCACCUAAAUGGGAGACCAAAGCGGAUUCGAGCGUUUCUGCGCGUAGAUUUUGGGGUGACUAUUAUCCAGCAGUCAAUGUGGAUCGGUAUAGACAGAACCAUUGA